AAUGGAUUGGCUGCUAAAUCAGUAAAUCAUUGAAGGCGUACGGAGGCUUUGUUGGGCCCCCAAAAGGACUUCAGGAGGGUUUUACAGAGGUUUUAGGGCUUGCAAGCGAGCAAGAGCAAAAGAGAGAGAUGGCAGCGUCAAUCGGUGGUGGAAGAUCCACAUUUCUGCGAAGCAUACGGAGAAUCAGUAGAAACUCCACAGCCUCGUCCCCUUCCAUUUCCCCCAAUUUCAUGCUUCGUCACACUCCAGUAUCCUCUCCUCGCCCUUCCUCCCCUUCAAGGUGGCUGCCACGACAAUUGAGCUCUCUCCUUCCCGUUCACAGCGCAAUCGCAUCGGCUUGCCUUGUCUCCAAUCUCCCCGCGGAACCCACAACUUCCAUUCAAGGUAGAUUUGCGAACUAUCUCAGUCCCAUCUAGCAGUGGGUGCUCUCAACGGGCUCCUCCUUCACAUUAGUGCUUUCACUGUGAAGAGAUCGAGAGGGCUCUUUUAUUAAAUUGUGAUUAGUUCUUUAUGAAAAAUGAGAAUUCAGCUCUUCAAGGUGUAUUGCUCAAUUUUGUUUUCCCAUCUGCAAUUUAGUGUCAAGCUUAUGGUAUACCUUGAAUAUUUCUCCUCCUCUAUAUAGGAAUUUGUUUAAUUUUGAUAUGAAUGAAAUAAUGUCAUCCCUUUGUUCCCCAGGAAUAUCAUGUGAAAGCAAGUCUUUGUUGAGGCCUUGCUUCUGGUUGACAACUAAAAUUAAACAUGAGAGGCUGUAAUGGGCCAAAUAUGAUAUUGUGAUGAUUACAAUGUAGAAUGAGAUUAGAUUGUGUAAAUGUGUGAAUUUUCAC